GUUUGGUCCACUGUUGAUUCACAUUCAGUGUCCAGUUUAUCAAGCUGCUCUUCGUCUGAAACGCAUCUCACCCUGGUGCCAGAUCACACUGGAGAAAAAAGAGAUUACAUCAGAUUUAAAUGAACAUGCCAGACAGCAUUCUGGAGGAGAUUUUUAUAAAACGGUCCCAGCAAAAGAAGAAGACUUCGCCUUUAAACUUCAAAGAGAGGUUGUUUGUACUCACACAGGACAAGAUCUCCUAUUAUGAUUAUGAUGUUGAUAAAGGGAAAAGGAAAGGACUUAAGGGUUAUGUGGACACUGAAAAGAUUAAAUGUGUGGCGAUUGUGUUAUCGGAUGACAACACACCUCCUGAACGACUCUACCCUUUUCAGAUAAUCUAUGACGAAGGUCCCCUGUAUAUAUUUGCAAAGUCAGACCAAGUUCGAAAGCAGUGGAUACGGGAAUUAAAGAACGUGAUCCAGUCCAACAAGGACCUGAUGCAGAAGUUCCAUCCUCGUUUCUGGGAAGAUGGCAUGUGGAAGUGUUGCAAGCAGGAGGUUAAACAGGCUAUGGGUUGCCGAGUGACGGAGAGCAAAAAUGGAGGCUUUCUGAAUAGAGAUAAUAAGAGUAUUUCCAGAAAGCCACUUCCACCUACACCUGAAGAGGAAAAGUUGCCCCGGCCAUUGCCCCCCCAGCCACCCGUGCCCUCAGGCUUCAGCUUGGGCAUGACUGUUAUAGCUGAAUAUGAAUACACACCAAUGGCGUCACACGAUUUGGAGUUGAGGAAGGAUGAGGAGUACACGCUCUUAGAAAUCAAUGAUCCCAACUGGUUUAGAGCUAGAGAUAAAUACGGAAAUGAAGGAUAUAUUCCAAGUAACUAUAUUGCUCAGGCCUUGAAUGGAUUGGAGAAAUACGAUUGGUACUGCAAGAACAUUAACCGUAGCCAAGCUGAGAAUUUAUUAAAAACAGAAAAUAAAGACGGUGGUUUCCUAGUGAGAGAUUCUGGCAAAUUUACUGGAAAAUACACUGUCUCUGUGUUUACCAAGGUUGGUGGCGAGACUGUUGGCAACUGCAGACACUACAACAUAUGCGUCAACGCACAAGAUCAGUUCUAUCUAGCAGAGAACCACAACUUCAGCACUAUCCCAGAGCUUAUCAUUUACCAUCAGCACAAUGCAGCGGGUCUGGUAAGCAGACUAAAACACAUUGUGUCAAACCGGACUGAGCAUGCUCCAUCUACGGCAGGUCUGGGCUAUGGAGGCUGGGAGAUUGAUCCUCGACAGCUUACGUUUAUCAGAGAACUCGGCAAUGGGCAGUUCGGUGUGGUGAAAUAUGGGAAGUGGCAAGGCCGUCAUGAUGUGGCCAUUAAAAUGGUAAAAGAGGGCUCGAUGUCUGAGGACGACUUCAUUGAGGAGGCUAAGGUCAUGAUGAAACUCUGUCAUGAAAACCUGGUGCAGCUCUAUGGCGUAUGCACAAAACAAAGACCCAUUUAUAUAGUCACUGAGUAUCUUGCCAAUGGAUGUCUGUUGAACUACUUACGGGACGGACUGCAACACCCCACUGGUAUUAUGCUUCUUGAGAUGUGUAAAGAUAUCAGUGAGGGUAUGGCCUACUUGGAGGCCAAUCAGUACAUUCAUAGAGACCUGGCUGCUAGAAACUGUUUAGUAGAUUCAAACGGAACCAUUAAAGUGACAGAUUUCGGAUUGUCAAGGUAUGUUUUGGAUGAUGAGUACUUGAGCUCUGCGGGCUCAAAGUUCCCUGUGCGCUGGUCUCCACCUGAAGUCCUCCUUUAUUGCAAGUUUAGCAGCAAGUCAGACAUCUGGGCAUUUGGUGUUUUGAUGUGGGAGGUUUAUACUCUGGGUAGAAUGCCGUAUGAGCGGUGGAACAACACAGAGAUAGUAGAGAAAAUAUCAACAGGUCAGCGUCUUUAUCGCCCACAAAUGGCCAAUGAGAGAGUUUAUUCCCUAAUGAUGAGCUGUUGGCAUGAGAGAGCAGAUGAACGGCCCACCUUUCAGGACCUUGUCGUGAUCAUCAAGGAUUUGCUUUUCAAUAUGUAAAAGUUGAUGACCAUAAACACAACUGCAGUGAACCCUUGUUCAAUAAGGUUAUAUAUUUACAAAAGUGUAUGGUCAACAAGAAUUUAUAUAAAAACUGUUCACUUAAUAAAUUACUUUGAACAGAAGAACCCAAUAAUGUGAAUGCAUUUAAUGAAAAUAUAACUGUUCGUUCUUGAAUACGCUCAAUGAAAUGUAAUUUCCCAUUUAACAAUGAAGUAUUUUCCUUAAAUGUUUGUAACGAAAUUCUAUAUUUAUAAAAUCCCCUCAGUAAAUUUAAUAUGAAACUAUUAUUAAUAGCCUUAUAAAAGUUGCUUCAACAACAAUAAAACUAAAAUUCAGGAUUGCAUGCCUUUCAUGUAUAUAGUGCCUGCAUUUAUUUUUACAGUUAAUUUAACUCCAUUUUCAUUAAAAAAAAAAAAACAUUAGUUAACCUUAGUUACAAA